AAACAAGAUUUAUUACAGGACAAUACUCAAAGUUUACUAGAAUAUAGUUGUACUUUAAAUUUUGACAUUGCUAAUGUUAAAUAAUAUAUAAAGUUGUAUCUGUUUGUUCUAAAAUCAUUAAUAUAAAUUAAUUUUUAUGUGAGCAGUCCUCAUAACUUGAGUGUUAAAUGAAACUCCUUGUAACUGCAAAUUCUUUUUAAACAAGCUCUUGAAAAUCAGGAGACUGUUAUAAAAUUUAUAUACUCAAACAUUAAGCUGAAAUAAAUUACUUUGACUGAAAUUUUGUCUAGUGUUUGUAGUUUUAUUCAUUUAUAAAGUCAGAAAAAUAAACUUUAUAACUGCAGUCCUCCCACAAUCAUCAAAGAUGUAUUUUCAAUUGAGGAAAAUAAACAAUCAUAUACAAUAAAAAUGAUUUUUAUUUCAAAUCAUAAAUAUUCAAAUUUUAAUUAGACAUUUUUAUUACAGAUAACAACUCUUUUUGCAAUUCUAUACUCUCUCUCUGUAGUUGCAGUCCUUCCUCUGCAAUUUUUAUAGAUUUCCUUUCCAAUUUCUCAGAACCGGCAUUGCUCCUUUUAAUUUCACUUAUUAAUUCAUUUAUUUGCCGUUCCAGUGGCCGUUUAUUUUUCUUUGAUGACCUUGUCACCCUUAUUUCAGAUUCAAGUCGUUCUGGUACUGGUACAUCUAUCAAUUCAUUGGAAUUUUCAUCGUUUUCUAAAAGAUACGAGCACAAUUAUUUAAAAAUAUGCACUUAUUUUAUUUAAAUACUCACAAUAAAGGAUGUAAAUUAUAUAGAAACAUUAAUUUAUUAGAGUAAAUGAUGAUUACCUGUUUAGUAACAACCACAAGAAAAAUCACCAGAACUUAAAUGCUUAAUUAAACAAAAAUAUAUGUAAAAUGGAGUUUGUGAACAUGUUUAAAUAUUUUACAAUGUCUAUCCAGACAAAUGUAUUCUGACAACUUUUGAAUUUAACUGGCAUUCUAUAGUUUUUGCAGUUAUAGAUGCCAAAUGGUAAUAAAGGCACAGAUGUACAAUUUAAUAAUAAAUUCCAGAAUGUUGUGUUAUAUUUAAAAGUGACCAAGUAUUAUGAGAAGUUGAGUUAUUAUAACAAAUACUUUUGAUGGUUAAGUAAUAGAUCUUGAUAUAGACUAAUAGGAUACAUCUAAUGAUAAUUUACCUGUAUCCAAUUCGAGUGAUGGUAAACAUUGUAUUAUCACACUGCUACAACUCUCUUCCAUUAAUGCUAUAUUCUAGGCUGGCUGAUGUCCUAUAAAGCUAUUAACUACCUGGAAAUAUUGCCAGGUAGAUGGGCUGCCUCCCGAAUGCCCAAUCUUCGUUACUUCUUCUCUAGUUAAAAUAAAAAGAAAAUUUCAAUGUUUCAAGUAGGAAGAAUUAUUUUUUUUAAAUUUAAUAAUAGUUAUUAAUUUGAUGUUUUUAUCAUUUACGAUUAUCGUACGAGUAACAAGAAAUAUAAUUUUCGUCAUUUAAUAUCAGCAUUCGAAAUAUAACUGUUUAAAGAAUUCUUUAUUUAAAUAUUAAACGAUAUUUAAUUUAACGAUCACGUAUUUCCACAAUUUCAACUUACCUGUAUUUGGCAGUUAAAUUUUUAAUUUUCGUCCUUACUUCCGACCACGUUCCAGCUCUGGACGUUGGCCUCCGAAGACGAAUUUCUGCCGCCAUUGCCUCAUAUACACUUUUAUUCCGUUUCGCUCGACGUAAAUCAUCGAUCUUUUCCCGCCAUAUUUCAAUUAAAACUGAAAUCUCCUCCUCCGACCAAUUUUCUGAACGUUUUUUCUCACUUUCGAAUGUUUUUCCAUAUGCUUCCGCCAUUAUUUUUGAACUUGUGGCAGACCUCGAGGAAAGCUUGAAGCGACUUAAGCUUCUUUGAGAAAGAGAUUUAGGGGUCGUUCGGCGUCUCCGCCACUACAGGAGUGAGCUGCUGUUUGUAGGCAUUUAGGAACGACAGUGAAAGGAAGAACAAGAUGGCGUCGUCUAUACCUAUCCAUGAUAUCGUGAUGGCGGGAGCUAUGACGUUAAAAUACGCGUUUUUGCAGAUGUUUGAAGCGGAUUCUUCCUCUUCCUCCGAUGUAGAAUCAAACGAGUCACACAGACGAGCAUAUGUUCCUCGGAUAAAAAAUUACGUCACCGAGAUUGUUCCUUUAUACAGCUCUAGUGACUUCAAAUCUCACUUUAGGCUCAGUAGGGCUUCAUUUGAAGCGCUCAGUAAUUUACUGAUGCCAAAAAUUACUAAUCAUGCUGUUAACAGGGCAGGGAGACCGUCUUUGACACCAUGUGAUAAGGUGCUGAUGACCUUAUGGUUUUUGGGCAACCGUGAGGCAUAUAGGUCUGUAAGUGACCGGUUUGGGGUAUCCAAAUCGACAUUAUUUCGUGCUGUGCAAACAACAUGCAUUGCUCUUUCGGAACUUGCACCACAGUUUAUAAAAUGGCCUUCAAGAGACCAAGUGCAAGAAAUUAUACAGAGUUUCCACAACAAGAGUGGUUUUCCAGGGGUAGUGGGAGCUAUUGAUGGCACCCACAUUGAGAUUCCAGCUCCACAGAUACAUGCAGUUGCCUAUGUAAACCGCCACGGCUACCAUUCUAUAAUUUUGCAAGCUUGUGUAACAUUUCCAUGAUUUUCAUCUCUUGUCAUGCUGGUGAAUGUGGUCGUGCACAUGAUGCUGAGGUUUAUGCCCGCUCUACAUUAGCUCGAAAAAUAGCCAGAGAGGCUGAAAUAAUGUUUCU